GCCAGACUAACCGACGGCUAAGCUCUUGCAGCCUUAAACCUCAAAUGGCGGAUUACCAGUCGGAACCCGCGAAGAAGAUGAAGAAGACGAAGAAGAGAAAGUUCUCAACUUCAGGCGAAGAGGAAUUGCAUCCUCGGCCUUCUAAGAACCCGCGCAGUGACAUACCGGAGCCGGAAAUUGCAGCUUCUUUAGAGCCCGAAGCAGAUGACUACAAAACAAGCGCCCACCUUCGAGAUGAUCCGCCAUGGAGAAACCUGGGGCUCAUACUCUCCCUUCAGAAUAAAGAUAUUUCUCUUUCGAUGAAGGUGGAGCUGGCAUUCGAUUACUUGAAAACGAUGAAAAGUGUGGGAGCGGAGGAAAGCAGGCCAGGUUCAGAGUCAGUUAGCUUUCCCAGAACACUUGUUUUCCUCUGCAAUUGGGUUCAGACAGGGAUGAUCUCUUCUGUCAAAGGAAACAAUUCUAAAGGGAAUGGAAUUCAGCCCGAAACUGCUGUGCUGUGCUUAGAUGUUAGAUGUUGGAAGGUUUUUAAGUUCUGCUUGGAGGAAUUGAAAAAGCUUAGUAAUGCAUUGAGCUUAUCAAGAAACUUCUUAACAGUUAUUCAGUGUGUUUCAAGUGAUUUAUUGUCACAUCUAAAUGCUGCUUCUUUGCAAAAGGAAUCUGAGCUGAGUAGUGAUGCGUUGGAAUUUUACAAUAUUGUGCUUGAUUGUAUAUCUUUGGUAUUCACAUCUCACGGGGGAAUUUCUAAAGAAAAUCUAGACUCAUGGGUUUCAGUUAUUAGUACUGUCCUCAACCUCAUUCAAAAGAUUUUUACCUCAGAGCUUGAACACAGCAAGGCUGGAUAUGUUGUCUUUCAGUUAUCAUGCUAUGUGCACCAGCCAUUUUCAAAAUUUCUAAGGGUACAUCCAACAAAAAAGAAUGGUUUUCAUGACUUUGUUGAUAAGCUUUUGGAGCCCCUGAUGCUUUCGUGGGAUUUGUUGCGCCUUCAUACUUGUGAAAGCAGUCCUCACUUGAUUACUGAUCUUCUAAAGUUGAUUGAGGAAGUAUUGUGCCAUGGGUUAUUCCACCCAAUGCACAUCGAAGGGUUUCUUGACCUGCAGAGUACAGUGAGAUAUAAAACAUUGGAUGAUAAGAGCGUGGUAGUUCAAAAGGCAGCUUUUAAAAGUUAUCAUCGGCACUUCUUUGAUGGCUUGGGGAAGACCAUAUCCAGGAGGAAUAGAUCAGCUAUGGGUGGUUUCGGAAUGCUGCUUCGCUUGUUUAUUAGUAUCAUCAGUAAAAACAGGGGACUCUCAGUUGGCAAAGAUGGUCAUAGUAGCUCAACUUCUGAAAGCUCUUAUAGGAGCUCUUCAGUCUCAGGAAAAAAGCUGGCGUUUGAUCUGAAUGCAGAAACAAGGAAGUUAUCUUUUGACUUUUUUGUACAGAUGAUGGAAUAUUUUACAUCAGAAUUUAAUACAUAUCUGCAAGCUGAAUUAGAGGAUGAGGCUAUGCUUCUUGAUGUUCACUGCAAACUCAAAUCUGCCAAUGAAUUACUUAUUGAAGUAAUGCAUGCAAGAGUCUAUGUUCGGAUAGAAGAUAGGUCUGAGGGGGCAUGUCUUAAUUUCUUAAAGCUGGUUUAUGAUAGGAUAAUGUUGCUUUCUUCCAAAAUUACUAAUAUACAAGGAACAUCAUUUGCUUCAGAUAACAGUGAGGUGCUGGUUUUAAUAGCCAAGGAGGUGGUUCAUGCUGUGCAUUACUUGUUGGAUAUUGAUUAUGAGGCAAUUGGAGAUAAUCUUGAAAGGUUGUGGGAAACAGUAAUUUCACUUACAAUUUAUAACGACUCUUUGAUGGGUGUUUCUGAUCAGAAUGAUUUAACUUCAGAGAUACAACGGCUAGGAUGUAAACUGGUGCACAUUUAUAGUGAACUGAGGCAGGUUAACACACCCAUCUUUUCGCUGUGCAAAGCAGCUAGAAGUUCAGUAUUAUUAUCUCUAGAGAGAAACAUUCCACCAUAUAAUGAGUCAUUUAACAAGUCAGUUAACAUGUUCAUUUGCUGCCCCGCGUUCAGACUCUCUAUUAGCAGUGCAAUCAAGUCUAUACCAGAGGGGCAAGCUAGUGGAUCCAUCCGACAAUUAUUAGCCGAUUUUUCAGAAAACCUGGACUGGAUUAAAGCUACAUGUCUUACUCCUGCUAAAACUGACCAAAUAAAACAACCUUCCCGUAGAAGAUGCUUGCAGUUCUAUGAUCAACAAAGUGAGCUGUUAGGAAGAAGUUUAUGUGAAGUGUAUGUUUUAAUUCUUGACUCACUUACAGUUACCACUGGAAAUUGCUCUCUAAUCAGCAUUGCUUUGGAAGACUUGAUGGCAUCAAUAAGCACUAUUUUAAGUAAUCUGGUAUCAGAAAAGGUGAAUAGUAUUGAUGAGUUCUUGUCUGUUUUUCUGGGGAAAACGUUUGGUAAGAGGACUGGGUCAGGAAAAUGUGUAAGGUCAGCACAUUGGAUUUUAGUCUUCUUCUUCCGUUUGUAUUUGUCUUGCCGAAGCUUGCAGCGCCAAUCAAUCAGCCUACUGCCCCCAGAUAUGUCAAAAAAAAUGUCAGGAAAAAUGAGGGAUUCUUUUACAUCUUACUCUGGAAGUGAGUGGCUAGAGAAGGCUGAUUUGUCAGAAGGCUAUUUUUCUUGGAUCAUUGAACCAUCAGCUUCUCUUCUCUCUGUUCUAAAUAUUGUUUCUGAUGUUUGCCUUCAACACACUGUUAUGGAUUGCUCUCCUCUUAUUUAUGUAAUGAAUAACAUGGCUGUCCAGAGGCUCGUUGAUUUGAAUAGACAGAUAAGGUCCAUUGAUUAUUUGCUCCGGAAGAAUGAUAAUCUCAACCAUCAAAAGAUCAUGGAUGAUACUGGUUUGCCAUUCAACAGCAAAAAAUGCCAAAAGUGGAAGAUGGUAGUAUCAGCUUCAAGGCAAGAGGCUGCAGGUCUGACUAACUUUAUAAUGGGAUAUCUAUCACUUGAGGCUAAAAGUCAGUUAUAUAUUCCCCCCUUUGAAGGUGAUAUUGAAAUAUGGAAUUUUGGCAUUGGAUCUUUGAAUGAAAAGUCAUUGACAUCUGCUUUGUGGUUGUUCCUUUGCCAAAAUGUAGAUGUGUGGUGUACUCAUGCUAGAAAAAAAGACUUGAAAAAGUUAAUCUCAAUUUUAGUUCAUAGCUCUGUUCCUUGUUUCGGCAAUGAUUUGGAUGAAAACAAAAUGCACAUUAAGAAAAUGGCAACUAGGAAAAUCAAUAUGAGUCUGAUCUCAUUGGAAGUGAUGAGCAAUACUGUCCUGUAUGAACAAAGGUUUGUUCACAGGAAUAUGGCAUCGGUGUUGUGCCUGACUCUUGAGAAGGUCGUGGCAUCAGUAUUUUCUAGUUCAGAGAAUGCUAAUUUAAAUUUCCCAUCUGAUUGGAGAAAGGUUGUGGAGGCACUUGAAGAAUCUUCCACUGCCGUGGGAGACAAGAAUGGGAAGAGUGUGCACUCAUUGUGGAAAAACGCGAUAUCACAUUUAUUGAAUAUACCCGCUGAGCACUCUAAAAAGAAACAAUCCCCUUUUCAUAAAGUAGAGUUCACUAUCAGUCGGGGGGUGCUCAACUUUUUAAGUUGGAUGCCAAAAGGACAUUUGAGUUCGAAAUCUUGUUCACGCUAUGCAACCAGCAUUCUCAACCUUGAAUGGCUUGUACUGGGUAGCUUAUUAGAUUCGUGUGAUAAAGCCCCUUCAUCUGAGUGUUACGAGCUUCUAAAGUUGUUUGUGACCUGCCGGAGGGCAUUUAAAUAUCUACUAAUGGCAUCAUUUGAGGAUAGGAGAGAAGGUUGUCAGUCCUCCCUCAGUCAUAUACUGUCAGAUGGUCUAUUUCCUUCUAUAUGGCUCAUGAAAUCGUUGUCUGCGGUAAUUGGGAUUGAAAAUGCAUGUUCAGAAGAUUUUUCUUCUCCCGUAAAGCACAUGAUGUUUUCAUUAAUGGAUCACACAUCACAUGUGUUCUGCAGUAUUGUUAAAAAUCAUUUUGAAUGUGCUGUUUUCUCAUUGACCUCUGCUGAGAAGCAUUUUGAUAGAAGUCCUAGAUCUGCUAUUGAACAUCAAGAUACUGAUCUUGAUGAAUGUGAACCACAUUCAGAUUCCCCUUGUAAUGAGAUCCCAUUUAUAAGUAUUAUAGUACUUGCUGAAACUCUAAGUGAACACAUAAAUAGGUCACUUGACUCUUUGAAUGCAUUUCUCAUUGAAAAUAAGAGAGAUUUAGAUGCGUCUCGGGAGUUGAAAGAGAUAUCAUCAACAACAUCCUGCUUACAGGGCUUUUUGCAGGGCCUUGCUUCGGCAUUGAAUGACAUGGAUAAUGAAGAGUGCUGUAAAAAUGCAAUGUUAUCACUGUGCAAAAGUGAGCAUAUGUUCAAAAUUAUGUAUUGCAUUGAUAGGUGUACAUUUUUCAUAAAUAAUAUCAUACAUAUGUUGCUACUUGGAGGCAAUCAGUUGCCUGAAUGCUAUUCAAAUCCCCAAAGUCCUGCCACUGAUGCAGUUGAACCAAGCAAGUCUUUGUGCACAUUUGGUGGCUCCAUAAUGAAUGAAGAAGAGAUUCAAAACUAUGAGUCAAUGGACUCAUGCCCUACUGGGAUGAUGGGUGGCCCUAGUAGAAUUUCUGACCAAAUGAAAACUGAUACUGAGGCUCUCUUGUCUAGAGUUGGCACUGAACAAACAUGUGUAAAGAAAUAUUUGUUGCAGGCUAUUUUGAGAGGAGAAAAUCCUGAGGCGGAAUUUUGUCUGAGACAGCUCUUUAUUGCCUCUUCAGCUAUUCUGAGACUAAACUUGCAGAUCAACCAGACUAAGUUGUCUUGGAGCUUGAUUCCCUCUUUAAUUCAAAUUUCAGAGUCUCUGCUUCUGGACUUUGCCAAUGAUAGAGAAUCACAAUCAUUCUCUUUUGUUGGCUUGUAUGGUGUAUUAAAGUUUCUUGAAGAAAUAGGAAAAUAUUUCCCUUUGUUGAACCCGUCAAUUUCACGAAAUUCGUACGUCAUGCUUAUAGAUUUGCAUUUGAAGGCAAUAGGAAAAUGCAUAUGUCUUCAGGGAAAGGGAGUUACUCUAGCAACAGAUGAGAUGGAAUCAAGUACUAAGAUGCUAAAUGCUCUUGUAGAACCUGAGCCAAAUGGAUCUCAUUGCACAUACAGCUUGGAUGAAUUCAAAUCCCAAUUAAGGAGCUCAUUCAGAGCGUUUGUUGGAAAAGCAUCCGAAUUGCAUUUAUUAUCUGUACUUCAGGCUAUUGAGAGAUCAGUAGUUGGGGUGCAGGAGGGUUGCAUGGUAAAUUAUGAAGUGUGUACUAGAACUUCAGAUGGGGGGAUGGUUUCCUCAACUGUUGCUGCUGGCAUUGAAUGUUUGAAUAUGGUGCUUGAAUCAGCGACAGGGAAAAAGCGCUUAGCAGUGGUUAAAAGGCACAUCCAGAGCUUAGUAUCAUGUCUUUUAAAUGUAGUCCUGCACUUGCAAGGACAGAACAUAUUCUGUAUGAGUGUUGAUUCUAGCAAUUGUUGUUUUGCUCAUCCUGAUUCUGGCUCUGUCAUUCUCAUAUGCAUUGAGGUUCUGAUAAAGAUUUGUGCCAAACAUGCUUUUUUCCAAUUGGAGAAAUACCAUAUUGCCCAGUUUUUGCGUCUGCCUGCCGCAAUAUUUCAGAAGUUUUUCCAGCUUCAAGCUCCUACCACUCCACCUGUCAGUUCAAAAGAAUUACCUGGAGUUGCUGACGUUGGAGCGACUGGAUUUGAUAAUAAAGAAUGCAGCCAUGCCAUCUAUCAACAGUUUGUCUUGCGGCUGUAUGCUGCUUGUUGCAGACUGCUGUGCACUGUUCUUAAGCAUUACAAGAGUGAAACUCAAUCCUGCAUUGCUCUCCUCGAUGAUUCAGUUAGUAAACUUCUUCACUGCCUGGAGGUAGAAUCUGAUUCAGCUGGUACUAUGAUGACACCUUUUAUAAGGGAUGUACAAGAUGGAGUAAAAUGUGCCAGUUUUCUCAGAAGAAUAUAUGAGGAAAUUAGGCAACAAAAGGAGGUCUAUCACCGCAACAGCUUUCAGUUCUUGUCCAGCUAUAUAUGGGUUUAUUGUGGAUAUGGUCCUCGAAAAGUUGGCAUAAGAAGGGAAAUUGAUGAAGCCUUAAAACCUGGUAUAUACGCCCUGUUCGAUAUCUGCCCAACAGAAGACCUUAAAUAUCUUCAUACCGUUUUCGGAGAGGGUCCAUGCAGAAGUGUCCUUAAAGCUUUGCAAGAGGACUACAAGCUAAAUUUCCAUUACGAAGGGAAGGUGUGAGACACUAUCAACCUUUAGCAUGUUUCUUCCCCCAAGCAGGAAAUGGCUUCUGCAACAUUGCUUUUCUUUAGGUACUUCCUUCUCCACCCUUUGAGUUUCUGGUCUUGCUAUUAAUUUUUCAUGCACGCCCGCCCGUCCAUUCAUGAAAAUGUGGAUCUAUUGUUACCCAUUGAAUGAUGGCAGAAAUUUUGUCCCCUUAAUUGAUUUUAAUUUCCACACACGACUCGAACAGGUUUUUAAUGCACACACCACCCCAUUCCAUUCCAGUUUUUUUUCAAGUGUUGAAUCAGUUUAUCUUCCAUU